AUGAGAUGUACUUUCCGAUUCCCUAGCACGGUUAUAAAAAUCCAGUUCACAUCUUUAUACCAUAAAGAGGAAGUAAAAGAGGAAGCCUCAACACAUCCCCUUCGGCCACUUUACCCUCAGAUAUCACCUCUGAAGAUCCACAUCCCGGAGCCGGAUCUCCGGAGCGUGGUCAGUCCCCUCCCAUCCCCCACAGGCACUAUCAGUGUUCCCAACUCCUGCCCAGCCAGUCCACGUGGUGCUGGAUCCUCAGGAUAUCGUUUUGUUCACAACAUUACCUCGGAUCUGCAGCUGGCAGCAGAGUAUGCGGCGAAGGCAGCCUCAGAGCAGCAGGCAGACGCAUCCGGCGGGGACAGCCCAAAGGAUGAAUCCAAGCCACCCUAUUCUUAUGCUCAACUAAUUGUGCAGGCUAUAUCUUCAGCACAGGACAGGCAAUUAACACUAAGUGGGAUCUAUGCCCACAUUACCAAGCAUUAUCCAUAUUACAGGACUGCUGACAAAGGCUGGCAGAAUUCCAUUCGGCACAACCUCUCCUUGAACCGUUACUUUAUUAAAGUCCCACGCUCCCAAGAGGAGCCUGGAAAAGGCUCCUUUUGGAGGAUUGACCCUGCCUCUGAAGCCAAACUUGUAGAACAAGCAUUUAGAAAAAGAAGGCAAAGAGGAGUGUCCUGCUUCCGAACACCUUUUGGGCCUCUCUCCUCCAGGAGUGCUCCUGCCUCCCCUACUCACCCUGGCCUGCUGUCCCCUCACUCUAGUGGCCUACAGACUCCAGAGUGCCUGUCACGGGAGGGCUCACCCAUUCCACACGAUCACGACUUUGGCUCAAAGUUGGCCUCAGUUCCAGAGUAUCGCUAUUCCCAGAGCGCGCCCGGAUCUCCAGUGAGUGCCCAGCCAGUGAUUAUGGCUGUUCCUCCCCGACCAUCCACCCUGGUGGCCAAGCCAGUGGCCUACAUGCCAGCAUCCAUAGUGACCUCCCAGCAGCCCUCGUGCCACGCAAUCCACGUCGUUCAGCAAGCCCCCACUGUCACCAUGGUCCGAGUGGUGACCUCCUCUGCAAACUCUGCAAAUGGCUACAUCCUCACAAACCAGGGCACAGCAGGAGGAGCUCAUGAAGCUGCAGGAGCAGUGUUGGACUUAGCUGCUGACCACCGAGGCAUGGACGAGAAGCCGACGAUCGCGUUUGCCACCAUCCCCACGGCCAGCCGUGUCAUCCAGACAGUGGCCAGCCAGAUGGCCCAGGGUGUCCCUGGUCAGACUGUCACCAUCCUGCAGCAGGCAGCCCCCGUGGCCCUGGGGCAGCACCAGCUCCCAGUGCGGGCAGUGACCCAGAACGGCAAACACGCCGUGCCCACCAACAGCAUCGCCGGCAGCGCCUACGCUCUCACAAACCCUCUGCAGCUCCUUGCAGCCCAGGCCAGCUCGUCCACCCCUGUUGUGGUGAGCCGGGUGUGCGAGGCAGGGACCGAAGAGACGGCAGCAGCAGCAGCCUCCAACAGCGAGCCCGAGGUGAAGAGAGCACGGCUGGAGGAGCCCGGGGCAGCAGGGCCAGCCCAGGCUGCUGUCAUCACAGCCACAGUGCCACAGGGACAGGCAACCAGUGAAUGAAGAAGCGGUGGGAGGAGCUGGAGCGAUGGCGGGGUGGGCAUGGGAGGGCAGGAGCCCUAAAGCAGCUUUCACAGGAAACCAACCACAACUGUAACAGUUCAAAACACAGCUGAUAAAGAGCUCUUUUUAAAGGCAGAUUUUUUUUCAAUGGGAGGACAACAGCUGUUAUAAUCACAAGGUGCCAAAAAGAAUGGAAAAUCCCUCCCAAGAACCCAUAUCUGGAACUCUGUUCUGUCUCUACUUAUGGGAUGUUUUUUCCUUUUUUUUUUUCCUUUUUUUUUUUUUUUGUUUUUUAAGAUUCAAAAAAAAUACAGACAACUGAUUGUAUGACUGCUGGGAUAUUUUUAACUAUCUUUUCCCCUUUUGGCUCCAAGGGGAUGGGAUUUGCAGUUCAGAAUCUAAAGGAAUGUAAUACAAAUACAAUCUGCUCCCUGGAAAGAAAACUCCUCACGUUCUAUGCCUUAAUACCAUGCUUCUGAGAGCUUUGAACCAUAGGACCAUUUUAAAAAGGUCACCUAAGGCAAUCAAAUGCUGAAAGAUGGGUGCAGUAUCUCACAACAACAUUAAAGAAACAUGGUACCAAGCUUAAAAAAAAAAAAGGCAAAUGAUUCUGUGUUUUUAAAAUAGAAAAUUCUGAAUAUAAAUGUUUAUUUAUGUGGGGAUUCAGGAGGAAGAGUUACUGGGCUCAGCCACCUGGAUUUCCAGAUGGAAUUUCUUUCCAUUCCCUCUGAGGGAGAAUAGGAUGACAGAGGAACUGUAUUAACUUGGUUCCUGUAAAGAUGUUAAAAACAAAGGGGUUUGUAUCUUAACAAAUAAUUUCUAACAAUUAUUCAUCACUUGCUCUGGACAACAGCCAAAGUAUCUUGAUGCCUGAGGAUCCCAUGGGGAAGGGUCUCUCCAGGAGGCUCUGUGUGCAUUUGAUUGAUCACAGCUUGUGUGAAGCACCAGCUUUUGUUGAAAUUAGCACUGCAGGUGAAGGCAUGGCCACUGUCUUUGUGAACUUGAGAAAAUACUGGUUGAUGUUCUGCACUGAAGCUGUCACCUUCACCUCUUGGUGGUGGUGUGGUCCUUAGCUUGAUGGACCCUGGUCAGGAGGUCAGAGCUGACCCUCUUUGAUGGCUAACAGCAAAAUUCUUGUGUUUCUCUUUGGAGAGGGAAGUUUAGGGCUUGGAUGAGAGGCAGCAAAGGUCAUACCGUGGUUCAUUCAAAUUCUGGCAGAGUGUAGUAAACCAAGGCAAAAGACUUCUCUUUUAUUUUCCAUGUGGCAAAACUCACUGGAGCUCUUCAAACAGUUUUACCAAAAUUGAUUUGGAGGUUUGCUUUCAUUGCUUGGCUCCCUGUCCCAUCUCUCCUGCCUCGAGGACCGUUUGGGUUGGCCAGUAGGAGGAGGCCUUUCCUCACACUGUGUUCCCGUCUCCUCACAUAGAACAAGGAUGUCUUUCAAGGAAGGCAGAUUUGACUUGUGACAUCUUAUGCCUGGCAAAGAAAUCCACCCCUGCCUGUAGCCUCCAGCAAACCCCUUUGGCUUCACACCCUUUGCAGUCCCCUUGGCUAACAUGUCUUCUGGCAGCACAGCAGAGAUUUUUUAAUUUAGCAAAUGUUAAAGCUUUGGUAAUAGCAAGAGAGACUUAAGAGGGGUGGGCUGUGCCUCUGGUGGGUUAUCCCCCAUCUGUACUGAUUUGCUGUCCUGUGAAUAGGCAGACAGGCAAACCCCACUGCAGAAACAUUGCAAAAAGCCCUCCCCAGUGUGCAGUAAAUGAUACUGUCAGCAUAUCCAUGGGGAUUAGGGGCAAGGCACAGCCCUUUGGUGCCUGCUGGAAUCUGGGGAGAAAAUCCACAAGGUAACAGCUGGCAUCACUUGUUCCCUUCUAGGUUUCCUUUGUCUUUGCCAAAUCCUAUUCAAUAACCAAGUCCCACCACUUGAAUAAAAUCCAGACAUGUUUAAUUCUCAAGUCCAUUAUUUUGUGAGAAAUAUUGCUGAAAGAAAGAAAGAAUUUCUUGCUCUCAUGAUUUGCGGUUACUUUCUGCGGAGAGAGGCACAUAAAAUAUUCAUGACAGAUCAUUUAUCUCAGCUGGGCUUUCAGAAUUCAGGUGUGUGCCCUUAGUGACAAGUUAUUAGAUGGGAUUUUAGUACUUUGAAAUGGUUUUGUGAAGGAGGAUUGUUAGAGACCACAAAGUAAUUGAAGCAGGCUGGCCUCCAGCUGUCCCUUCUCCCGCUAGGAAGGCGAGGUGUGGCGCAGCGGAAAAGCACAGAGAUUAGCUCUGUUUUCUGUAGCCUUUUCAAAGCCAGGAGUCAAUAAAAUGAACUUCUAGGCAGAAGGCACAAGUGAGAGUGCAGCACAGUGUCUGUGAUGAAUCAUUACUUUCGGGUGACUGCUGGUUUAGGUACAGGCACGCCUCUGAAACAGCCGCGGGGCUCGGGAGCGCUCCGGAAGCACAGGACUCCUUGGGCUUCCAGAAUGUUGGGUGAGUCAGAGCAAGAUGAAAAACCAACAGAAAACUGCUCAGGAUGUGGAGCUGCCAAGAUUCUGUGGAUUUUUCUUUGCUGAUGCUUUUCUCUUGAAGAGUCUAAAUAAUUAAGCCCUGAAUUUUGUAAACUAAUCCAGCACUAGGACAUCAGCUGAGUGACAGUGUUUUCAUCCACCAUAAAGCUGCUGCUUUGUAGAUACCUCUUGAAAGUCCAUCCUCACGUUGCAUGUGUAGUUCUGCCUCCUGAGUAUUUAGAACAGAAUAACACUUUCUGUCUCUUGUUUUUGUGGCUCACAAUGCCUGCUGGUUCAAAUGGGAGUUGAGGAUAAGCAAAUGUCUUUGUUCUGUUCACCUUUUCUGCUUGAGAUGUCUGGAGCUUGUCAGUUCACCCUGUCAGGGGGUUUUUGCUUUAUCAGUCUGUUGCAUCCCUCUGCUGCUGUAGGAAGCAGUCCUGCUAUUUGCAGAUUUUUUGUAGGUUUGGCUAAACAUUGCCUGGUACCAGGUAAAAUAACUUUUCUUGCUAAAUCGUGUUGAGAGCUGUGGAAAAGUGUGGUCCUCAUCCAGAACAUGUGAGAUGAAGACAUCUUCUUUCAGGCCUCCAGAUGAAUUCUUUCAGCCCUGAUCAGUCUGGAUGACAGCACCAUUCUUUCUACAUACCAGUCCUGAUUCUCCAGGCUGCAGAGGUGUGGUGGUAGAAUUAAGUCUUCAACGAGGAAGAAAAUGUUUACCUUAAUGGUUAUAUGCAGUACUCAGAUUAUUUUAAAUUUAUGAUCUGACUUGUUUUUAUUGUCUAAAAAGUUGCAUCUCAUCUUUGAUUACAUUAACUAAAGGUUUGAGGGGAAGUGAAGGUGGAGGCUUCACUGCAUUUUCUGCUCUCUGUGUAAUGAAGAUCAAGGCAUAUUGAAUAUUUAAACUGCAAUAACUUGGACCUGGGAAAACUGUAAAGGCAAGUUCUUCAUGUGUGAAUUCACUUUCCACCAUUCCCUAUUGAUUUUUUUUCACCUUAGGCAAUGACAUUGAUUAAUUUUACUUUGAUCACAGUUAGUUCAUAGCAACUUUCUUUGCCCCAGUUUGCAAGAGUUGAAUGCAGUUAUUCUUUGUUCUAUUCCACUGGAAUUCCAUGUUGUUUGUCUUGACCUUGGCUCUUAUGAUACAGAAAGCUUUUUAGAGAAAGAUCAAUUUAAUCUGAUUUAGUGAUAGCACAGUGCUGAGCACAAAAUUGAAGUUCAUGAUUAGCUCAUAUAUUCUUUUCAACUCUUUUUCCUUCCCAUAUUCCUCCCUUCCCCAUACCAUUAACACUGUCCCCUGUAGCAUAUCCAGUCAUUUUUAUCCACUGACAGGAGCAGCACCUUGCAUUAAGCUCUGCCUGGGGACUCAAGGAUGAAAAUACCUGUGGAAUGCAUGGAGCUGCAGAACAGGUUGAGAAAGGUCAUUUUGGUCACCCUGUAUGAAUUUUCAUGCUGUGUUGUAGACAUGUUACUGUUGGGCAGAGCUUAUUCAGGAGAAUGUUUUCAGAGACAUGUUAAAGCUUUGUAAGGAAAGAAAUAACAGCUCAAGCUCUUACAGUGCUUCUGCCAUCAAUGUCAUGGUCUAGCAUCAGAUUUUGGGGGGAGUAAACUUGAUCUUGCAUGUUUGGUCUUUUGUACUGACUUAGAAUUGUCAUUCAGAGUUAAUUUCUACUUUUUUUAUAUCUUUUUUCAGUAGAGAAAUGCCCACAAUGGAGCACAGAAGGCUAGGGACCUGUAUCCAAGCAUCUGACCUGAACUCCUUGCAGUGUGGUGUGGAACAUUUCUCCCUGCCUGCUGGGGAUGUUCUGUUGGUGUUGGAGCUUUUCAUCUGUGUCAGCAAGGGGGUAUUUGUUUGGUGUCACUGGUGUGUGCUAGUGUGUAAGUGAAUGUCAAAAUGUAGGGUGAAAGAGAAGCGUUUCCCUGGAUUUGGGGAUCUUGGAUUUCACCUGGUGGUAGUUCUGUACCUCUCCUUAGAGAAUCCACUCUCACCACACAAGGUGAAAACUUCUCAGCAACAUAAGAAGAAUUUCCCAUGCAGCUGCAUUUGUUCCUGGCCUCUGAGGAGAACCCAGCUCUGCCUCCUCUGCAUGUUGCAAAUAGGAACUUGCAGAUUCCGGUAAGAUUUUUCCAAUUUGCUUCCUUCUCUUGAGGCUGAACCAGCCUGGUUGUCUUGGUCUCUUUUUGUCCAUCAGGUGGAAUUGCUGCAGGAGGUCACUGUGAGUCUUGUGUUGGGGAGCCCAAAGGCAGAGACAGUGCUGCAGACAUGAUCUGGGAAUGCUGGAUGGGUUGGGAGAGGAAUCCCUUCCCUUGGCCUGGCAGCCCCACUUUUGCCAGUACAGCCCAGUACCUGUUUGGUCUCUCGCUGCAGGACAAGUGUAAGGAACAAAUCACAGAGUGAACUGGAUUGCAUUUGUGCAGAUGCAACCAUGUUGUCUUUAUCUUCCAAGGAACAGUCCUAGCUUGGGUCUUUUUGAGCAGGAAGCAGCACUGAAGGAUCCUGAUCACUUUUAAAGAUACCUGUGCUUAAUCUUAUCAAGUGAUAGUUUCAAUCCAGUGUGGAAAUUACCUUGAGUUUCUACCUGCUGCAAAAUCUUUGAGGCUUUUUUUUUUAAGUCCUGCUGCUAAUAAGUGUUGGACUAGGGCAUUAAGAAUGAACCUCUAAAGGAACAGGAUUUGCUUCAUAAUUUUGCCCUUGCUGCACGCUGAGUUUUUGAGCUUGCAGAUGCCAUCCUGCAGCAAAUGAUCUGUCUUCUCUUGCCAGCCAGUCUCCUGGGCAGCUCCUGUUUCUGCUCUUCAUCAGUUUUUCCCCUCUAUUUGUAGUUACAUCUGUCAACUCCAGAGUCCUUUCAUCCAACUCCUCAUUUAAUUCCAUUGCUGGAAGGUCUGCAUCUGGCUAGGAUUCUCGUGUUAGGUUGCAGUUACAUGAGUAAACAAUCUGUUGUAGAACUUUUUGUGUCCUUCUGGGUGAAAAAUGAUGCCCAAGCUGCUGCUACUAUAGCAUUACACUACUGCUGGAAAGUGUAGCUUCCACAGGAGCCAGCUGUGCUGCAGAAAACAACAGGUACACUACAAGGUCAUGGGGCUGCUGGAGUGAUGCCUUCUUGCAUGUUGAUCUGAUCAAAACGUGCCUGGGGAAUCUCUGGGCUGGGAUGUGUUAGCUCACACCUCUCUCUGCUGUUUGCAGGUCAGUGCACGUGUUUGUGCAUGCAUUUUGGGUGGAUUCCCAUGCCAGAACCAGCACUGGGAAUUCUGUGAGCUUUCUCUGUUUUAGGGUGUCUUUCAUGGGGCAGCAAUACACCAGGGAGCAUUUUACUUUGGCCUGAGCAAGACAUUUUGAAAAAUAGUUGGUUUUCUUGGAGCACUAUAUUUAAAUUCCAAAUUUUGAAUCAAUUUGUGACGUUUGUAUUUAUAUGUUUGGAAAAUUCUUUUGAUACCUUUUCAAUUUACCAACACUGAAUUAAAACCUUUCAGAAUGUAUGGUUGGUCCUCUCCUUAUGUGUCACUUUAAGUUUCAGAGCAUGAGGGUAGUUGUGCCAAAUCUACCCCUUUGUUCUCAAGACAGAAAAACAAACAUUGACAAUUUAUGGGUGGCAGCUAAGGAAGAAACCCUUUAAAUAUUUUUUUUCAGAGAAUAUUAAAUUAGAUCUGUGUAAACAUAAAAUUUAUAUUUAUUAAUGUGUGAGUGUGUGAGCGUGUGUGUCAAUAUAGAUAUAUAAAUGGUCCAUGACUAUUUCUUUCUCUUGAAUGGUACUUACACAGACUUUUAUACAGUGUGUUGGUAAUUCCUGCACCAGGCACUGACUCUGAAAGAAUGAUAAACCUAUUUUUGUAAUGAAUGUGAGCAGCCAGUGGAAGCAGCUUUACUUCAGUGAUUGCUUUCAUUCCUCUCACAGAGCAGAAGAGGCAGCUUGGUACUUGCAUCUUCCUUGUGUAGGAUCCCUGCUUCUGCCUUUGUCCUGCUUGCAGCAGCCCCAGCCCACGCUGCUUUUCUGGCAAGAAACCCCUCCCAAAUGGCACUAAUGAAAGCUGGAAUCCUUCCUUGUCUGCAGUUCUCUCUAGAUGCAGUAUCAGGGAGUUCUUUACAGAUUCUGCUCUGUCAGUAAUGGGACCUGAUUUCUAACAGAGGAGAUUGAUGGGGGACCCAUGAGGAUGCUGUAAGGCUGAGGAAUUCCUCUCUGUCAGGUGGCUAAGCUAACACUGGGGCACUAGGAAAUUGUUUCUUUUCCUCUGUGGUGAGAUUAUUUUCCUUUUGUCAUGCUUCUGUCUCUUUUUGGGGUGAGGUGUGUCUAUAUCCCCUUAAAAACAAGCACAGAAGAGUUUUUCUAAUGUUUCAAUUCACAGGGAGUAAAUUUUACUGAACUGGCCAAAGUUCAGUUGUGAUUUAAUUCCACAGGGAUCACUAAAUUCACAGAAGGGUGUAUUUUGAACCACUUGGAUCUUUUCAGAAUAAAAGCAAGUGAUAUUUGACUUCCUAAUCCUAAUUGCUCUUCCGGAAAUUCUCUGUGAGGAUCUGAGUGAAAGCUUCCCCUCAGCAAUCCCUGCCUGGUGAUGGGGCUUCAGUUCUUCAGGGAGGACAGGGCUGGUGAUAGGAGCAGUGAAAGGAAGCAGCUUUCCUCCUCAUCCAGCAGAAAACAGCCCCUGUGAAGCCCAGACUUCCCCAAUAUGUGGCUGUGUCUGCUGCCAGGCUAUGCUGUGAUCUGGACCUCUCUGUCCUGCUCCUACCCCACCUCACUUCCACCUAAAGCAGUCUGAGACAGAGCCUUCCUUAAAGCUAAGGGCAAUGGUGAGGAGAAAUGUCUGCUAGCUGAAGAAAAAUGAGAUUUAAAUGGAGCAGAAAAAGUGAGAAUCCCUUCUGUUUCACUGUCUUGCUGCUAAAAGUCUGCUGCAGAACAUCCUGAUGUUCUGCUGAUUUAUAUGCUGCUCUUGGGAGGUGGGCAGGCUGCUAAGUUGGCUCUGUAGCAAUUGAAUUACUGUAAACCUAAACUUGCUUAAUCUCUCUUUUUUUUUUCUCCCUCAAAUGGGCUUGAAGUAGAGGGAACCAGAGUAUUGUUUGUAAGAUCAUUUUGCUUUAAUAGAAAACAGAAUGUAAAAAAAAAAAAAAAAAGAAAAAGAAAAAAAACAGAAAAGUAAAACCAAACUCAUUCAAAUAUAGUGAUACAGAAAAUGGCUUUAAAACAUGAAAAUCUUACAAGACCAUGUGUUGUGUUGGGUUCUGGACAUGCUGUUUGUGCUGAGGGGGCUGGCCUUGCCCAGCCUGCCAGCCAACCACCACGUAGCCAAAAAGAGCAUUUUGAGAGUCUGUAGCUAUCCAAAGGACUGUUAUCCAAAGGACUGUUAAAAGCUGUUUAGGGAUAAAUCAAAAGCUGUGUGUGAGCAACGGAUGGUAAAGCUGGAAAUUCACAUCCAACCCUGAAUAAUUGCUCUAAUAAAAAACAAAUUCAGAAAAAUCCAACUCUCCCCCUGUUCUGCAGAUGCUCAUUCCCCCCGAGUCCCUGGGGAAGGCUGAGAGGAGAACCUGAAAUACCUCAGUGGCUUCACAGAAGGGUUUGCUACAGAGAUCUGGGCCAGCCUUACCCCUUUCACCUCCGUUUGGCACUUAUUUUAUAAAAUAAGAAGGUGAUGGAAAGGGGAAACUAAAGCCAUGCUUGCAUUUCAGUUCCUGGUGUUGCCUGUGCAAGACACCUCCAGCCAGAUGUUUUGGGGUUUGUGGGGUUGUUUUGUUUUGGUUUUUUUUUUUUUUUUUUACAGCUGAUAUCAAAAGUUGUUUUGGGGUUUUUUUGUGACUUGUUUUCGUUAUCAGUGCUUUUUAAAAAGCAGAUGUGUAUCCCAAGGGGCAGUGGAUGUGAAGCUCAAGUUCUUUCUCUGGCCAUGUUGCUGCUCCUGUGAGGUGCUGGAGGCAGCCCUGGCUCCCAGCAGGGUGUGGGAUCCUGCAUUUCCACUUCAGAUGGGAUACAGUGGUUUUGUUUGUUUGUUUUUUUAAUAUAGAGCCAUACAUUUUUUAAGUAAUUUGAGAUCUGAAUGUGAUUUCUAAUGUAUCGAGAACGUUAAUAUUUUAAAGCUAUAACAAAGGUUUAAAUUUCUACUUUUUUUUUUUUUUUCAUUUAUUUUAACUGUUCUGUUACCUUAAUUUGAUGUAUGUGGUUGGGGAAUGUUGCUUCUCCUCUUAGCAUUUGUUUCUAUAACCAGAAAUAAAAUUAUAUAUGAAAGAGAAAA